ACGUCAGGGGGCGCAGUGAAGGGAGAUUUCAUUCUCAUGUCAGCAACCAAUGGCAGCGAGGCGAUGCACGCAAGGAUUAAAAUGAAGUCUGAGAGCAAAUUGUGAGAGGUGAUCUGCACGCAGUCGUGUCUGCUGGUUUGGACACACUCGGUGGGCUUUUGUGCGGAUGGAGGUUUGUGUGAGUGUGCUUGAUUAAAUGAAGGUUUAAUACCCAGGCCUGAUGGAAAAAAGGGAUAGGAAGCCGGGCUAUUUUGCCAGGCUGAAGCGACAGAAGCAGCUCAAACAGAGCCAGUCAGAGAGGAAUGCCAACAAACAGAACCCAGUAAAUUCUCCUUUGAAGUCACCCGUCAUCUCCUGUCCAGGAGUCUCAGACGCCCUCGACCCCAACAAGAAGAUGGCGAAGGCAGCAAAGCCACCUGCAGGAUCUGAUGAGGGUUGCCAAAGUAAGAAUCAUACAAAGAGGGAGAAGAGAAGACCUCCGGGGACAGUGGAGUUUAUUGUGGGACCUAAUGAUUCCCUCAACAGCAUUGCACUUAAGUUCAACAUCACCCCAAACAAACUGGUCCAGUUGAACAAACUGUACUCACGCAGUGUCUACCCUGGUCAGAAGCUGUUUGUUCCGGAUGAGAGCCAGUCAGAAACUGAGCUAAAGCCUGCAAAUUCCUCCGAGCCUGCCACAAACGGAUUGUCUGAAAAAGCAUCACAUGAUAACAUUCCCAACAGCAGGUCUUCAAAGUCCAUCCGACGCGAGCUGUCUCCAAACUCUGAGGACGAGAGCCCGGCCACUGUAAAAUUCAUCAAGAUGAGCUGCAAGUACUUCACGGAUGGCAUGGGCGUGGUGGGCGGGGUUCUGAUUGUCACGCCCAACAACAUCAUGUUUGACCCCCACAAGUCGGACCCCCUGGUCAUCGAGCUUGGCUGUGAGGAGUAUGGGCUGAUCUGUCCUAUGGAGGAGGUCGUCUCUAUCGCGCUGUAUGAUGACGUAUCGCGCAUGAAGCUCAAGGACGCGCUGCCGUCAGACCUACCCCAGGAUCUGUGUCCUGUGUACAGGCCCGGUGAGUGGGAGCAGCUGCCCUCAGAAUGGGACCUAAAUCCCUUCAGCCGCUAUGAAGCUCUGGAUCCUAAGCGACCUAUUAUCUUAGACAACAUUGACUCCACACUCUCUGAGACCGCGAGCACACAGGAUGAGCAGCCAGAGAAGUCUCCUUCAGAUGAAGGUUUCACAGAGUUGGAACCUACAAUCAAUGGGACCACUGAUGGAGAGGCACUGGCUUUGAAAAUACGACGCACUGACAGCCCAGACCAACAAAAACUCUUGGAAGGUUCCUGCCCUAACCAGGAAGACUCUCAAAAUAAUUUGAUGCUGUGCCAAACUAAAGAGAAGCUGGAUGAAGAAGAGGACGAGGGCGUGGCUCAGACAAGUUCCAUUGACGACGGAGAGUCGGGACAGUCCGUGUCAGAGACUGAAAAACGGGGAGGCUCGUAUUAUCAGUCUAAGAGCCAGGAGGUAACCGCAACCAAAGAUACGGAAUCAGCAGGGACUGAAAAGCUGCCAAACGGUGUAAGUGAUAAAACAAUUGACGUAACAGUGGACCAAAACAAGCAGAGUCUGAUGGAGGCUUCAGAUAUUCACAGGAAGCUUAGUCCUGAGAAGCAAAGCCAAGCGGAUGAACUUACAAACGGACCAACAGAACGGGACAAACUCAGUGAGGACGAGAGACGAAAGAUAAAUCAGGAGGCAGAGGGGAAGUCCUGGUUGCUGGAGAGGAUACAGGCUCCAAUAGAAGACAUGCUCUACUCGUCUGAGGAGAAGAGUAAAAACCCGCCAAUGUUCCUGUGCUUCAAAGUGGGAAAGCCAAUGAGGAAGUCCUUUGCCAUUGGAAUGACCUCGAGUCCCACCCACUCAUUUGGGGGUCGGGAAGUACAGCCAGAGUACUGGUUUGCUGUCCCACAGGAAAGAGUGGACCACCUGUACUCGUUUUUCGUCCAGUGGUCUCCAGAUGUGUAUGGGAAGGAAGCACGGGAGCAAGGCUUCGUAGUGGUGGAGAAAGAAGAGCUGGACAUGAUCGAUAACUUCUUCAGUGACCCUUCUUCUUGUAGCUGGGAGAUAAUCACCAUUGAUGAGGCCAAGCGGAGACAAAGUUUUGGCAGCUGUGACGCAGACUUUUCGGUAGACGGGCUUCCUGUUCUUAGUCACACCAGUGCUCUGCUGCAGGACACGCACAUUGAGAAGCUUGCCUGUCGCUUGCCGGCUCGUGUACAAGCCUGCCCGUGGAGACUAGCUUACAGCACCGUGGAACACGGGACCAGCCUCAAGACUCUGUACAGAAACCUGGCAGAUGUUGACAGCCCUGUGCUGCUGGUCAUCAGAGACAUGGAUAACCAGAUAUUCGGGGCAUUCUCUACCCAUCCCUUCAGAGUGAGUGAACACUGCUACGGCACCGGAGAGACGUUUCUUUAUAGCUUCUGUCCUGAGAUCAAGGUGUACCGCUGGACUGGUGACAAUUCUUACUUCGUGAAGGGUAAUACUGACUCUCUGCAGAUGGGAGGAGGCGGCGGCCAUCUCGGGCUUUGGCUGGAUGCCGAGUUGUACCGAGGCACCACCACCAAAUGCGCCACCUUCAACAACCAGCCGCUGUCCACCCAGCAGGACUUCAACGUCCAUAGUCUAGAGGUCUGGUGCUUUGAGUAGCAGCCCCUGGCUGCUGGUGCUUUCACAUUCAAUCAGCUCCUCCACAUCCCUGCAUUUCAGGCACCCCAAAUCUAUUACGCACUAUGUGGAUUCAAACCUACCUACCGUAAAAAUAAAACAUGAAAUGCACUGACAUGGAAGAUGCUGUGCCAGGUAUGUUGACAGAAAACGCAAUGGAUUGAUCUUCUGUACGAUGAGGUAGGAGCUGACGGUGUUUUGUGUCUGAUGGGCCCAGUCGGUUACCCGUAGGUUGCCUGGAUUCAGUCAGGAUCAUCAACUCUUUAAAAAAAAAUUGGAAUUGUCACACAAUGUUAUUGUUACUGUGCGUUUAUUAGCUGCCUUUGACACUCAGUCAUGCCUCCAGCUGUCCCAGCAUGCAGGCUGCUUUACCAGCACGCACUUAUUACGAGUCCUAUAAAUAAAUCCCCAAACAGCUGGUUUAAAGCCUGUAUGUAUGUAUGUACAAAUAAGUUGGGGCACAGUGCUGUAGGCUGACGUGUGCAGACGUAAUGUUAACUUAAUGAGCACGUUUCAGAUUGUCAUGUAAUAUAAUGAAAAUAUAAAGCAGUUUGAUAUGGAUGUGUUUUUACAAUGUAAUUAACCGUAAAAGAAAGUGGAAAUGAUUAUGGAGAGUACAUGUUGAGAUGUAAAUCAUUCAAAAAUUCACUUUACCUGUAAGGAACUAAUACAUUUUUUUCUUCUUUAGUGGAACUCUUGCACUUCUUCCACAGGCACAUUCCCGUUUUUGUCUCAUUUUGAGUUAUCGAGUUACUGGUCCAUCAGGUUUUUGACACGAGUAAUACAGAGCCUCUAAAAAGAGCUCAUCCUGCUGGAUUCUUUUUAAUGUUUAAUGACAUCACAUCAAAGUAGUAAUAAUUAUAAAAAUCAGUCAUCUUUGUACAAAAAAGGAUAAUUUAAUUUUAGCCUCUGGAGACUCUGCAGCCACAUAUGAUGACAUGAUCCCCACCACGACAGUAGAAUACUUACUGUUUGAAGAUGAUGCUUAGUGUUUUAUACUAAGCAGGUCCUACGUGUCCCAGACAGUUUGGAAGGAUAUCUGGCUGUGAUUGGAGAGAUGACAAGUAGCUAACUAUGAAACAGGCCAAAAAAAAGGGGGAAUUCAAAACCACCAAGACACUAAUUACAUGUUUUAAGUAGUUACACACAUUGGUGGCUGUGAUUGUAGAGAUCUUACAUAGUUAGGAGGAAGUAAAUAUCCUCAUAAUAGUGCAAAGAUGCUAAUGACCUAUUAGAGACCCUAAAUGGUAAGGAAGAGCGAAACAUGCCUGACAUGGGGAAUUCAAAGCCACAAAUACAUAAAUGGCAGACAUCUGUGGUUGUGGUUGGAGAGAUGUCAAAUAGAUCUUAAGAAUUAACAUCCUGAUAAUGGGCAAACUCGAAGCUACCAAGACUUUAACGCCAUUGUUUAAGAAGUUCCAAGCAUCUGCACCUAUGAUUGGUAAGAUGCCAAACAGCAAGGAGGAAUUAAAUAAGUUUGUAUAAAAAAAAAAGAUCUGGAUGAGUAACUUUAAUUUUAAAACAAAUCUGUAUGAUAUGAUGUAAAUUAAAUUUAAAAAUAUACAAAAUAAUAAAUAUAUUGUGAGUGUAAAAAAAAAAAAUCACAAUUUAUUAAUCACUUUUACAGCCAAAUUUCCAAGUCUCAGAAUGUCCAGUGGAGUUCAUAUAUAGUGCGUGAAAACAGAAUGGCAAAUUCAGAGAUACUCAUGAUGACUUUGAGGAGCUCCAAGUAUCUGUGGCUGUGAUAGUAAAGAUACCAAAUUGUUACUAGACGUUUAAAAUGCAUGUAAAAUCAAAGCUGACGGUGUAAGAAGCUAACAUAAGAACUUUAAUUUGAAAACAAAUGUGUACAAUAUGAUCUAAAUUAAAUAAAAAUGUAUAAACUCUUAGUGUAACGCAAUUUACUCAUCACUCUUAGAGCCACUUGGGUUUGGACCAGUCAGAAGAUGUAUACCAGAAAUAUUCCAAGUCACCAAAUGUCAAAGGGAUUGAAUUAAGAAAAGUAUCGUUUGAAAACAGCUGACUUCAAAGAAAUCAAAAACGCAAUUUUAUAGGAGGUUAACACAUCGGUGGCUGUGAUUGGAGAG